CCUUUCUGUCUUGUACCGGUCGGCCUUCUGAGAGGCUGCUCUUGAUUCGCUUUUAGCUUCAGUCACAAUGUCCUCAGGAAAUGCUUUCAUUGGGAAACCAGCCCCAGACUUCAAAGCCACAGCAGUAAUGCCAGAUGGGCAAUUCAAAGAUAUUAAACUUUCUGACUACAAAGGAAAAUACGUUGUAUUAUUUUUCUAUCCACUUGAUUUCACCUUUGUCUGCCCAACUGAAAUUAUUUCAUUCAGUGACCGGUCUGAUGAAUUCAAGAAGAUAAAUUGUGAGGUGAUUGGUGCUUCUGUUGAUUCUCACUUUUGCCAUCUAGCCUGGAUCAACACUCCCAAAAAACAAGGUGGACUAGGCAGUAUGCGCAUUCCUCUGGUUUCUGAUACAAAACGUCUAAUUGCUAAAGAUUAUGGUGUACUAAAGGAUGAUGAAGGUAUUUCUUACAGGGGCCUCUUUAUCAUUGAUGAAAAGGGGAUCCUGCGCCAGAUCACAAUCAAUGAUUUGCCUGUUGGUCGUUCAGUUGAUGAGACACUCAGGCUAGUUCAGGCUUUUCAGUUUACAGACAAAAAUGGAGAAGUGUGCCCAGCUGGUUGGCAACCUGGAAGUGACACUAUCAAGCCAGAUGUCAAGCAGAGUAAAGAGUAUUUCUCCAAACAGAAAUAAAUGUAUGUUGUGUUUUGUACACAUGUAAAAAAAGUAUACUGAAACAUAUGACAGCAAUCUUUGCCAUUUCUUAUUUAAAGAGUAGCCAUGUUGUGAACAGAAUUGGUUUACUGCCUCAUUUCAUUAGUCUUUUAUUUUGGAACGUGUGGAUCUGAAUAAGUGGAUUAUAGAAUGACAUAUUUUGACUAGCCUAUUUAACCCUGGUCAAAGCAGAGAUUUUCUCCUUGUACUCAUGCACAUAGCUGACAAUUGUUAGCAUAUUAGUGACUGUCUCUGGUACAUGUGGAACAAAUGGCUUUUCUUGUAUUUUGUACUGUUAUUAAACUUUUAUGAAAAACUGGGAAAAUGUAUCAAUUAUUUUGAAAAUAGAAACAUACGAACAAAUCUGAUACAACAUUCCUUGCUUAUUGACUGCUGAUUCAGCAACUUUGAACUUGCAUUGACAUUGAAAACAGAGUUGCAAACAGUCCUUAAAAUUGCUACUGUUGUACCCUCCCAAAGUCUCAUGAUUGUGAUUCAAGAGCUUGCCAGUCAAUGCACAUUUGCAAUGUUUGUAGCAUCCUGCAGUUUCAACUGCCUUUUGCGCCCUUUGCAGCUUGUGUCUGACAAGCAAAGUCAAUGGGAAAGUGGCAGGAAGUUGCAAAUUGUUUGAGUUCCUCACUUGAUAACCACAGCUGAAACUGAUAAAGGUAGGGCAUGACCAUAUGAGGUCACAGUUAUUUUGCUGCUUAGCAACAAAAUUGUCAGUCCCUAAUUGCUACUGGUGAGGAUUGCCCGUAUAAUUCUGAUCUACCGUUUUAAGAUGCAAUGAUCUUUCUUGCCAGUGGAGGGGGGAACAAAACUUUAUUAAUAUGUGAAUAUCAGCCUAGACCUAUCCUUUCGUUUCUCAUUCAGUCAUCUAUCAACUAUUGUCACCAAGCUAAUAUUCCAAAUAUUAUUUUACAUGCACCAUUUGAUUGAUUAAAUGUAUUAUGAUUUUCUCAAGAGUCUUCUGUAUACAUGGCAAUACACUGAAUUGUUAAUUGAAGGUUGGAUUAUUACUGUGCAUUGCAUACUGUAAUAAAUGUCUGGUUUGUGCA